AUGAGGUGCGUGCUUUGGGGCAGCCUCCCCGUGGUGCUGGGGCUGCUGCUCUGGUCCCCCUGCGGCGCCAGCGGCCCAUGCUGGGACAGCGGCAAAUGCCAGGACCUGGCCAGCGAGGCCGGUGUUUCGGCGUGCGCCGCAGCGUGCAGAGCCGAGCUUUCGGCCGAAGCCCCCGUCUACCCCGGGAACGGAUGCCCCGUCGCCCCCCCGCCCCGCCGCCAGGAAGAGGAAGGAGCCGGGGCGGAGCGGGAGGAAGGCAAACGCUCGUACUCCAUGGAGCACUUCCGCUGGGGGAAGCCGGUGGGGCGCAAGAGAAGACCCAUCAAGGUCUACCCCAACGGGGUGGAGGAGGAGUCGGCUGAGAGUUACCCCAUGGAGAUGAGGAGGGAGCUGGGGUUCGGUGGUGCCCGGGCACCCCCCAGGGAGGAGAAGGAAGAGGAGGAGGAGGAGGAGGAGGAGGAAGGCCGGGAGGAGGAGAAGGCCGGCGGCUCCUACCGCAUGCGCCACUUCCGCUGGCAAGCACCCUUGAAGGACAAGCGCUACGGGGGCUUCAUGACCUCGGAGCACAGCCAGACCCCCCUAGUGACUCUCUUCAAAAAUGCGAUCGUCAAGAGCGCCUACAAGAAGGGGCAGUGA